AUGGAGGAUAGCGCGCGAAGGCAGAGCGCAGAAGAAACGAUGGAGGCGGAGCGCCACGGUCGCCAGAUGCCUCGACUGUCAAAGCCCUACCUCUUCGCUUACAACUCUCUUCAAGCCUUCGGAUGGUCGGUUUCUCUCUUCCGAAUUCUGAGCGGCCUCGCCGUCGCCAAGUCCGUCAAUGGCGCCUACGCUUCCGCCGGAGAGCUUGUCUGUCUGCUUCAAGCUGCUGCGUGCAUCGAAGUCCUCCACGGAGCAUUAGGAAUUGUUCCGAGUGGGGUGUUGUUUCCUCUGAUGCAAUGGGCUGGAAGAGCGCAUUUUCUGUUGGCAAUUGUUCGUCGAAUCAGUGAGAUCCAAGAAUCACCAUCAGUUUUCAUAACCUUCAUUGCCUGGUGUCUAAGUGAUGUGAUCAGGUACCUGCAUUAUGCUUUGAAUUGCUUGAAAUGUUGUCCACCUUGGGUUACCUAUCUCAGGUACACCACAUUUAUUGUGCUCUAUCCAUUAGGAGUAGCUCCUGGUGAAAUGUGGCUCAUGUUCCAGGCACUUCCUUUCAUUAAGAAGACUGACCUCUAUGCGGAUUUCUUUUCCAGCAUUCCCUUCAAUUAUUAUGAUUUCGUCCGGGUUCUACUUCUGGUCUAUCCGUUCCUAUGGUUCAAACUUUAUCUGCAUUUGUUUAAGCAAAGGCGGUCAAAACUGGGGAAGCGCCAUGAGAAGAAAAAGAACUGAAUCUAAUUCCUCCUUCUGAUACCCGCUUGUUGUAAAUCUUUACUUUCGGCUACGCUAGCUAAGCCAUUUGUUGUCCUCAAUAAUCCCACUCAUCUCUUGCCAUUUAUCACUGCGGCCUAUUUGAUCAUCCUUCCUAACAGUGGGGGUUUAUUAUUAUGGGUGCACAAUUUUUCUUUAGUUUCUUCUUCAGGGAAACUCAAGUGCCUGUAUUUCUCCUGAAUCAGGGAUGAAGCAGACACACUGAUAUAACUAUAACACAUGAUUUAUCUGAA